CCGCGGCGGACAUUCGUAAUCUUUUCAGCCUCUCGAAAGAGUGCAGAGUUAUUUUCAUAAUAAUUAGAAAUAUUGUGAAACAGAAAGUUAACGUAAUGGAGUGUUUGAAUGUUCCAAGAAUCCUGCCAAAUUCCCCACGGAAAGCAAUAGGACAGAUCCAGGUCAUCUUUGGCCCAAUGUUCUCCGGCAAAAGCACUGAGUUGAUAAGGCGAGUGCUUCGUUUCCAGGUCGCUCAGUACAACUGUUUGGUGGUCAAAUAUGCCAAAGAUACACGCUACUCAGAGAAGGGCAUGGCCACGCACGACAAAAACACAAUGGAAGCUGUACCAGCCAACUGCCUGAGCGACGUGCGUUCUCUCGCUCUGCAGGCCUGCGUCAUCGGAAUCGACGAAGGACAGUUUUUCCCAGACAUAGUGCAGUUCUGUGAGGAGAUGGCCAACAUGGGGAAGACUAUAAUCGUAGCGGCCCUGGACGGAACCUUCCAGAAAAGUCUGCAGCCCUUUGGUGACAUCCUGAACCUGGUUCCCCUGGCUGAGAGCGUUGUGAAGCUGAAUGCUGUUUGUAUGCAGUGUUACAAGGAGGCAGCAUACACCAAGAGACUGGGGGCAGAGAAAGAGUUGGAGGUGAUUGGUGGAGCCGAUAUGUACCAUGCGCGGUGCAGGAAGUGUUACGGUGGCCUGAUGGAUGUGUUGAAGGAGAAUAGCGCCCCCCACAGGGACGAGACGCCACCGCAUGUGAUGACAGGGAAACUGCUUGACAACACUACAUCGCCACGGAAACUCUUCGCCACCCUGCAACUCUGAUCAUUACCAGUAGACUAUUCUUAAAGGGAUAGUUGACUCACAUGACUUUAAAGGGGAAGUUGAAUGAGAUGGUGAACAAUCCCUUUUAAUUUUAGGUUUGGUCAUUUGACUGGUGAUGAGUUAAAGGGAUAGUUGACUUCAUUUUCUAAUUGGAGUAAUGAACUAUCCCUUUUAAGUUUUGCACUUGGAAUGAGCUUGGAUAAUAAAUGAAGCUCCAUCAACCCGCUGAA